GUUUUCAGUCGCGCGAUCGGCCGCAAACGCAACAGGUGGACGGAACGACGCGCAGUGCGAUUAGUAACGCUUACGCAGAACUGAAGUUGACUCGAAACUAUGGCCACCGGCAAUGGAGCUGCAAGCAGCAACAACAACAACAAUCAUCCCAGUGAUUUGGAUACUCAAGUGAAUGUGGAGGAUUUGCCAAUAAGCUUCAAGGUUAAAUACAUUGGCUCGGAGGCGGCGCGUGGUCUGUGGGGCAUUAAAUACACACGCAGGCCAGUUGACUUGAUGGUGGGCGUGGCUAAGAAUUUGCCGCCCAACAAAGUGUUGCCCAACUGCGAACUGAAGGUGUCCACAUCGGGCGUUCAAGUGGAGAUCAUCUCACCGAAGGCGAGCAUCAAUAACUGGAGCUACCCGAUCGAUACGAUCUCAUAUGGAGUGCAGGACUUGGUCUAUACGCGCGUCUUUGCCAUGAUUGUGGUCAAGGAUGAGUCUAGCCCGCAUCCGUUCGAGGUGCACGCCUUUGUUUGCGACAGCCGGGCCAUGGCGCGCAAGUUGACCUUUGCCCUGUCUGCCGCCUUUCAGGAUUACUCGCGCGUCGUCAAGGAGGCAGCCAACGAUGAGCAGGACGCCAAUGCUAGUGCCACGCCCAGUGAUACCAUAACGCCAACCAGGCAUAAAUUUGCCAUCGAUCUGCGCACACCCGAGGAGAUCCAAGCCGGCGAACUGGAGCAGGAGACGGAGGCAUAGCAUAUGCAUAUAUGUAUAUGUGUAUGUGUAUGUGUAUAUAUAUGUGUAUGUGCGUGUACUGUCUCUUGUGACUCCAGUAUACCGUUGUCCAUUGUGAUUGUCAAAGUUACUUAUCGUCCAGCGGCUGCAGAUGCUGCUGUUACGCUGUAGUUCUCUCACCCGGUAGUUGCCUCAUACAGCUAAUUACCCAAAGCCUAAGCAUAAGGCAAAUGUAAGCAAGUGAAAAUACGAAACGAUUUUCUACGU